GUAUUGUUAACCGAGUGAACUAGUUAAUUGAAGCACCUCAGUCGGUGCUGCAAAAACCUCCUUCGUUUUUAGUAUAAAUUUUUAUUGAUAGAAACAUGCCUCCCAGCAAACUUGACAGCCUCUACCGACGAAUGCUCAUAACAAAAUUUUUUGAGAAGGGAUGGGGAAAGCCGGAAAACUUACAUAGAGUAUUUCAGUUUAGAAAAAUUAUUUCCUGCAGAGAAACAUGCUUUAAACUGGUUCCUCGCGACUAUCCCGUAGAGAUUACAAAAAAGAAAAAAUAUUCAGAUUCAACUUUGAUAGAGGGAAAUUUUACGACACCACUCGAGCUACAUCUACCUGGAGUCGUUCCUGAAGCAGCACAAAAAGCCUACUUUCAGUUAUUAAUUCCCAAUAAGUGGAUUAACGAAGAUCAUAAACCGAUCUGCAUUCAUUUGGCAGGAACUGGAGAUCAUUUUUUCUGGCGUCGAAGAAAUUUUAUUGCAAAGCCUCUGUUAAAAGAUGCAAACAUUGGAUCUAUAAUACUGGAAAACCCAUUUUAUGGAUUACGAAAGCCUGAUGAUCAAAUUCGAUCUAAUUUGCAUAACGUAUCUGAUAUAUUUGUUAUGGGCGGGUGCCUGAUACUUGAAUGUCUUGUUCUCUUGCAUUGGUGUGAAAGAAAUGGAUUUGGUCCUCUCGGUGUCACCGGAUUAUCAAUGGGUGGUCAUAUGGCCUCGUUGGCGGCGACAAACUGGCCAAAGCCUCUAGUUCUCGUUCCAUGUUUAUCAUGGUCUACCGCAUCUGCUGUUUUUACCACUGGAGUAAUGAGCCAGUCUAUUAACUGGGAUAUGCUGGAAACGCAAUAUUAUUCGGAUGGUCAAUAUAGAGAACGUCUAUCAAAAAUGGUCACUAUUAUUGACGAUGCAUUUGCGGCAGGUCAAAAGUUUAUACAGAAUUUUAAUCAGUCUCUGCAUGAGCUUAAAGAAGAUAUUGAUGAUACAAGAAAAAUCCAAACACAACAAUGCGAAACUGAUGGAAAUAAUUAUAGAACCCAAAAGAAAUCAGUAGAGAAUGCUAAUAACUCAAUAUUCUUAUUGAAAUCGCUAGAAAAUAAAUCGCUGAAUUCUAGCAAUAUGCAAUUGCCAUUAAAAGAAAUCCUGAGUAAAAAUAUUGCAAACGAUUCAGAAUUAUCUAUGUGCCAGCCUGAAACGAUGGAUCGUUCAACAUUAACAAAACUUAUGACAUAUAUUUUACCUUUAUCAGCACAAAAUAGAAAUAAAAAAAUUGAUAUUACAAAGACAAAUUGGUGGGAGCGAGAGGCCUUACAAUUUAUGCGAGGAAUGAUGGAUGAAUGUACUCAUUUAAAAAACUUCUCAGUGCCAUUUGAUACCUCCCUAAUAAUAGCAGUUUGUGCUAGAGACGAUGCAUACGUUCCUCGAGAUGGCUGUUCGAGCCUUGAAGAUAUCUGGCCUGGAGCUGAAGUAAGAUACUUGGAUGCUGGCCAUGUAAGCGCUUAUGUUUUGCACCAAAAAUUAUUCAGGUCAUGUAUAAUAGAAGCCUUUGAUAGAGCUAAAAAGGUCUAUGCAAAUGCGAGUUAUAAAGACUUGAAAGCAGCUAUUAAAUAAAUGUGAAGAUCAUCAUAAUUAGAAACCCAAUAAAUAAGGAAUACAUUUUUAUCUAGUUGGUAGAGCAGUCAAGUCUGGGAUGGCAUCAAAAAAACAAGAUACAAAGUUAGAUUUGUUUAUUUGGACAACUUUUUAAUAUUGGUACUCUAACAUCUGGAAGUUCAACAAGGUCACAUUAUAAAUGUUUUAAAUAUUGUGUAAUAAUAUUAUUAUGAAAAAGUA